CUGCCGCUAUAUUGUCAAUAAAUACAUCAUUCAGCUGUUGAUCACCAUCGCGUUUGACUUGCCAUGGCUGCAGCUUCGUCAUCUUCUCCUUUGUCCUCGACUUUGUCUUCGCUGUUGCCUCCCGGCGUUUCUCUGGUGGUGUCGGAUCAGGAGCUUCUUGAUGACGCGUCUGUCGUAUCUUCCUGUGUUUUACGCAAGUUUUUCGAGUUUUUCGAGGUCUCGAGCGGUUCAUCUGAUCAGUAUCCGGUGGUUAUCAAAACCCCAUUGCAAUAUUUGGCCGUACCAAGGAAGGUAUUUGAGCCAGGGGAUCGAAUCCACCAGGACAUUCUUGCCGCUGCCAGGAAUGGCGGAUCACCGAUCCUUGAAGAAAACUCUAUGCUAGCCACUGCCGUCCCACGCGCAAAAGACGCCGGUGUCCCGAAAGAGAACAUCGAGAAUGCUUUGCUCAAGGCAUCUAAAACAAGAACGACAAUGGCCAAGCUGUCUCUUAUGAAGCCAUGA